AUGAAUUUGGCAUUUCUUGCUCUAACAGUCGCGAUUAGCGGCUGCUGUUAUUCCAGCAGCGUGCCUUCAUUCAUCCUGCCGUUCACCGACUGCGUCCAGAGCCGUGGGAAAGACGGUUUUUACCGGGGAGCGAUAGACGUCACCGAGUCCGGCGCCCGGUGCAUGAACUGGACCGAGGUGGCCGGCUUCAAGGAGCGCUACCCGGGCAAAGGAAUAGGAGAGCACAAUCACUGUCGCAACCCGGACGGCAGGAUCCGACCCUGGUGCUUUUUCAAGAACCACAGAGGCAGAGUGGACUGGGGGUACUGCGACUGUAAACAAGGCUCUGUGCGUCUGCAAGGAGGUCGCUCCAAGCUAGAUGGCAGGGUGGAAGUCUAUCUGGGAGGAGUGUGGGGGUCUGUCUGUGGCGAUGACUGGGGGGACGAAGACGCUGCAGUGGUUUGCAGACAGCUGGGCAAAGGGAUCUCAGGUCGUGCACGUGCAGUUUCCCUGUUUCGUCCAGGCAUGGCCAAACUCCAUUGGAGGGCGGUCCAUUGCCAGGGAGAGGAGCCAGACCUCCUCCAGUGUCCCAAGGCUACCUGGAAUGGAGGGGAGUGCUCUCUAGUUGCAGCCGUUACCUGCACCCAACAGCAAGUGGUGUCGCUCCCUAUACGGCUGGUGGGAGGUCAGUCAGGGUCAGAGGGCACAGUUGAAGUCUUCCAUGCAGGGCAGUGGGGUUCCAUAUGUGACGACCAAUGGGAUGACAGUGACGCAGAGGUGGUGUGUCGACAGCUGGGACUGAGCGGUGUAGCAAAGGCAUGGGGCCAGGCACAUUUUGGCAAGGGUUCGGGCCGCGUGUGGCUGGAUGAGGUGCGUUGCACAGGCAAUGAGCUCACGCUGGAACAGUGUCCAAAAAGUGCAUGGGGGGAACACAACUGUCUGCACGCUGAGGAUGCAGGAGUAUCCUGCAACCCUCUUAUAGACGGUGCUGUUAGGUUGGUAGGGGGUAUUGGGAGCCACGAGGGACGUUUAGAAGUCUUCUACCGUGGUCAGUGGGGGACAGUGUGUGAUGACGGCUGGACAGACUCUAACACACAAGUAGUGUGUCAACAGCUUGGUUACAGGUUAGGCGAGACUCUGCUCUCUGAAGGGCUCGACAUCACCCCAGUCCCACGCUUUGGGGUGGGGUCAGGUCCCAUUCUUUUGGAUGAUGUGAGCUGCACAGGGAAAGAGCCUAGCCUAUUGCUGUGCAACAGGAGGGAGUGGCUCAGUCAUGACUGCACACACCAUGAAGAUGUUAAUAUCGCAUGCAGCCCUGAGCGCAAUGGAGAGAGUCUUCCAACUAGUCUGCCAGUAAGGCUUGUGGGAGGAGAGAGCCCAAGGGAAGGUCGGGUGGAGCUGUAUCUGUCAGGUCUGUGGGGGACAGUGUGCGAUGAUGGGUGGACUGAUCGUGAUGCAGAAGUGGUGUGUCGACAGCUGGGAUACAGUGGCGCGGCGAAGGCCCGUGUGAUGGCGUACUUCGGGGAAGGGACAGGACCCAUCCAUGUGGACAACGUGAAGUGCAGCGGUGAAGAGCGUUCGUUAGCUGACUGCAUCAAACAGGCGCCCGGCACACAUAACUGUCGCCACAGUGAGGAUGCUGGGGUCAUCUGUGACUAUGGUGACUCACAGCCCAGCUACAAAGAGGUCAAAGAUCCUGUCAACUCAAUUUGCGGUCUGCGGCUCAUACACACUCGCCAGCGCCGGAUCAUAGGAGGAGAAAACUCUCUGAGAGGUGGAUGGCCAUGGCAGGCCGCGAUUCGUUUGCGAGGCUCUCGAGGAGAUGGGAGAUUGGUGUGUGGAGCGACUCUCAUUGACUCCUGCUGGGUCCUUACCUCGGCACACUGCUUCAAGAGGUAUGGAAACAGCACCAAGCAAUAUAAAGUCAGAGUAGGUGACUACCACUCCCUCGUCCCUGAGGAAUACGAAGAGGAGUAUGGCGUUGAUCAAAUUGUGCUCCAUCCAAGCUACCACUCCCAUAGCAAUGACUACGACCUGGCCCUGGUUCGUCUGUCACCGGGGGCAGUGGGCCAGGUGCCGGGAGAGUGUGUGUCAUUCAGCCGUCAUGUCCUUCCCGCCUGUCUGCCCAUGAGGAAAGAGAGAGUGCUCAAACAAGCCAGCAACUGUCACAUUACCGGCUGGGGUGACACAGGUCGCUCAUACUCCAAGACCCUUCAGCAGGCCCCCCUCUCCCUGCUGCCCCGCCGCCACUGCCAGCAGCAUUUCCACGGCGCCUUCACGAGCCGCAUGCUCUGCGCCGGCAGCAUCCAGUCGGACAGGCGGGUGGACAGUUGCCGUGGUGACAGUGGAGGUCCGCUGGUGUGCGAGCGUCCGGGAGGGGGUUGGGUGGUUUAUGGGGUCACGUCCUGGGGUCAUGCCUGCAGGACACAACAGUCGCCUGGUGUCUACACCAAAGUCUCUGCCUUCAGCUCCUGGAUACGCAAAGUGAUCGGACAUGAUGAGAAAAAAAGGUGA